GCUACACACUCAAAAGUAUGUACUUUUUCCUCACAAAAAAAGUAGAUACUUUUAGGUCGUAGUAUAAGCGGGCGAAUUGGGACUCGUAUGAGCGUAUGAGUACAUGGCUUGUGUUGUGUUGGCUUGAUGUCAUGUGCUUUCUUGUCUGACCCCGCCCAUCGUGUUAGGUCAUUAUUGUUUAAGUUGCUCCACAUGUGUCUCCCUCUGUACCCUCCUCGUUUGUUUCCCUAUUUAUUCUCCUGGUGUCUGCAGUCCUGUACUGGGGUGUGUUUCCUGUACAAUGACGCAAGUUGCUGAUUAACCACCAUAGUAUGCUGCAUUACUGUUGAAAUGAACUAGCUAGUUACCACUGUUUCCCGAACAUGGUCACGUCUCAGUCAUUUGAACCACAUUAGUUCAACAACAUAGGGCCAUUGUUAAUGAUGUCACACGCAUGUGGAGGAAUAACUUCUGCUAUUUAAUCCAAACAAACAUAUCUAAGAUGGUGCUGUAUGGAAAAUUGCACCUGAUGACAAUUUUUUUUUUCUUGUCUUUUUGCUUCAUUUGAUGUUUGAUUCACCAUGGGUUCCCUCUUACAUCAUACUCCGGGGUUCCCUUCGGUAUUUGUGCAUCUGCGCACUCUUUGUGCUUUUAGAGGAUGCGCAAACAUACAUAGAUUAAAAUGCAUUUAUAUUUAGGAUGCAUUUAUAUUUAUAUAAUGGAUUAUAUAUGCACUGCAUGUUAGCUUGGUUGUUGUGCCCAAGAGCAUAUUUUUUAUAUUUAUGCCCAUAUCCCUUGCUAACAUGAAACUAUGCCUCUAACCACAGGUCGAGAGCUGUAGUUCCAACCACAUAAGUUUGCAACACUGUUUGUGAAUGUUCAUUUGAAAUAUGGUUCGGGAAACACAGAAUCGUUGGACUUUGUUGUUAACGAUGGAACUUGCAACCAUAGUUAGCUAACAAUGCUUUUGGAAAACGCACCCCUGAUCAGUUGUUUUAUGUCAGUUGUGCUCUUGGAGUGUAUUGUGUCUAUCAGUAUUGUUGCUCCAAGUCUGCCUGCCUGUUUUUUCCCUAUUGUGUUUUUUAUUUAAUUGUUUUGUAAAAUUUUUUAGUUUUAGUUUAGGUUUCUAGGAGAAAUAGACCAACUGAGUCGUAUACUAGAGAUUUGUCUCUGAGAAAAAUUAUUUUGUAGUCUUUUAUAGAUGUUUGUAAAGCAUCUGAAUAUUUUAACAUUACUAAUGUGUCAUGUGAAUUCUGCUGAUUUUAUCAUUACUCAUAUAACUUUUAAUAUGAGAUUCUUCAGUGAUGAUUGUAGAAUGAUUGUAAUCUAUCAAUCUGUCUAAUCUCCAUAAAACAUGGAAACUCAAUGUUUGUGCUUGUUUGUUUGUGUGUGUGCUCUUUUUCAGUGAGUGAUCUGAGGAUUGUGCUGAUAGGAAAGAAUGGAUCAGAAAACAGCCGAGUGGGGAACACUUUACUGGGAACAGAAGCGUUUCACAGUGGAGCUGGGUCUUAUUCACAGCAGCACAGUGUGAGAAUCAGUGGAGCUGUGGAGGAGAGACACAUCAGAGUUAUAAACACUCCUCUCCUGCUCCAGAAGAAUUUCCCACACCAUCAGAUCACACAGAGAGUGAGAGAGUGUGUGUCUCUGUCUGCUCCAGGACCUCAUGUGAUCAUACUCAUACUACAGUAUAAUGACUUCAAUGAGAACAACAGACACAGAGUGAAAAAUCUGCUGAGCCUCUUCAGUAAACAGGCCAUGAAACACACUAUAGUGCUGACAACUGAUGAACAGACACGCGGAUUCAUGUCUUUGUCUUAUAAGAGCACAAAUAAUGCUAUUCAUGAUUUAAUAAAGGAGUGUGGAGGAGGACAUCUAAAGUUUGAUACAGUAAACACAAGAUGGCGCUCUGAGCUGAUCAGAAGAACGGAAGAGAUACUCAAGAAAGAACAAGAAGAAUUUCUCCACUGUAACAUGAAUGAAGAUGGAGGUGAUGGAUCAUCAGUGGAUGGAGAUCUGAGCAGAUCUGGAGCUUCAGACAGAGACGACGAGAAGGAGAAGAAGGUUUCUGAUCUCAAAGAGAGCACCGAAACAGCAAGUUAUGGAGGAGUGAUGACUGGAAAAACAAAGCUGAACAUUGUGCUGUGUGGAAAUAAUUCCACACUUAAGAACUCAGUGUCUAGAAUAUUUAGAGGGACAAUAAAUAAACCAAAUAAACGUCCACAUCAGAAAGAGAUGAGCAAUGUGUGUGUGAAGAAAGAGGGGAAGAUUCAUGGACGGCUGAUCAGUGUAAUAAAGCUUCCAGCCCUCACUCGUCUCUCAGAGGAGGAAGUGAUGCGGGAGACUCACCGCUGUGUGUCUCUCUGUGAUCCUGGAGUUCAUCAUUUCAUCCUCGUUACUCCUGUCAGUCCACUUACUGAUGAAGACAGAGCAGAAAUGGAGAAGAUCAAAAAUAUAUUUAACUCACAAGAGCAUUUCAUGGUGAUUUUCUUUACUGAACUCACUGUGGAGAAAAGUGUGACUGAUUCUGUAGCAUCCACAGAAUCUCAGAGUGUUGUGAAAGUCUAUGGGAGCUGGUACAGCGUGAUGGGGUUAAAGGACCAGAGAAACUCAGAACAGAUCUUAAAGAUUCUAGACGUUAUAGACUGUAUGAAGACUGAACCCUAUUCUCUUCGGAUGUAUAUGAGAGCUCCAGAGAGGAGAGUUAGACAUGAACUAGAGGAGAAACUGAGAGUGAGAGACAGUGAAAUCAGAGAGUUACAGAAGAUCAGGACACUGGAUCCAGAGUGUGUGAAGCUGAAUCUGCUUGUGUGUGGGAGUAACAGAGAAUUAAAAUCCUUCAUAUCAAACCUGAUCCUGAAGCAGAGCGAGAGAAGAUCAGAGCUGAUCUCAGAGUGUGUGAGGAGAGACGUGGAGCUUGAUGGACGUCUGAUCAGUCUGGUGGAGCUUCCAGCUCUGUUCAACACUCAGCUCUCAGAGGAGGAAGUGAUGCGUCAGACUCACCGCUGUGUGUCUCUCUGUCAUCCUGGAGUUCAUGUGUUCAUCCUCAUCAUUCCUGAUGCUCCACUUAAUAAUGAAGACAGAGCAGAAAUAGAGGAGAUCCAGAGGAUCUUCAGCUCUAGAGUCAACAAACACAUCAUGAUCCUCAUAAAGCAGAAAUCAGAGCAUCAGACAGAAGAACUCAAUGAAGAAACACAGUCUGUCAUUGAGAGAUUUGGAGGACGACAUCAUUUCAUCGGCCUGAACACACAAGUGUCUGAGUUGAUGGAGAAACUGGAGCAGAUGGUUGAGGAAAAUAGUGGUGUUCGUUUCUCCACAGAGACAUUGAUGGAGACACAGAUGGAGAAACUGCAGAAAUUAGAAGAAAUGAAGAAGAGAGUCCAUUCAUUAGAGACGUGGUUUCAGUCACAAGAUUCAAGAGACAGAGAAAAUGAUCUGAGGAUUGUGCUGCUGGGAAAAACUGGAGUUGGGAAGAGUUCAACAGGAAACACCAUCUUAGGAAGAGUCAUGUUUAAAGCUGAAACAUCUCAAGAGUCUGUUACUGAAGUGUGUCAUCGAGAGAAAGCUGAAAUCAACGGCAGACACAUCACUGUGAUCGACACUCCAGGACUGUUUGAUACUGAACUCAGUAACGAAGAAAUCCAGAGAGAAAUCAGCAACUGCAUCUCCAUGAUCCUGCCUGGACCACAUGUGUUCAUCAUCGUGCUCAAUUUAGGACAACGAUUCACUCAAGAAGAAGCAACAGCAGUGAAGAUCAUCCAAGAGACGUUUGGUGAACACUCAUUAAUGUACACCAUGGUGCUCUUCACCAGAGGAGAUGAUCUGAACGAUAAAACCAUUGAUCAGUGUUUGGGAAAACCUGGAUCUGCUUUAAAUGAACUGAUUAAAGCGUGUGGAAACAGAUUCCAUGUGUUCAAUAAUAAAGAGACGAGAGACCGAACACAAGUGACUGAUCUACUGCAGAAGAUUGACAACAUGGUGAAAGAAAACGGAGAGAGUUACUACUCAUGUAAGAUGUUCAGAGAGAUGGAGAGAGAAAUACAAGAACAACAGAAGAACAUACUGAUGGAGGAAGUGGAGCAAGUGAAAAGAAAAAAAGAAGAACUGAUGAACAAACACGAAGAAGAGAAAAAGAAGAUGAAGCUGAAGAUGGAGGAAGAACAAAAGAAUCACGAAAAAGAGAGAAAGAGAAGAGAAGAAGAAUUUAUUGAGAGAGAAGAACGAUAUAAAAAAGACAUUAAAGAAAGAGAAGAACAAGAGAGAAAGAUACGAGAGGAACUGAAGAAAGAACGAGAGGAAUGGAAGAAACAGAAUCAACAGGAAAGACAAAGAAGAGAAGAAGAGGAGAAAAAAUGGAGAAAAAGAGAACAGGAAGUGACAGAUGAAUAUGAUCAGAGACUUAAAAAAGAGAAAGAGAGAAGUCAGAAAGAGAGAGAAGAUCUUCAGUUCAAACAUGAUGAAGAGAUGAAGAGAAUAAAGUUAUUGAUGGAGGAAGAAAGACAGAAGCAUGACAAAGAGAGAAAGAGAAGAGAAGAAGAAUUUAGAGAGAAAGAAGAGCGAUAUAAAAUAGACAUCAAAGAAAUAGAGGAACACAAGAGAAAGAUAAGAGAGGAGAUGAAAAAAGAACGAGAGGAAAGGGAGAAACAGAAUCAACAGGAAAGACAAAGAAGAGAAGAAGAGGAUGACAGAAGAAAAAAGAUAGAUAAGGAAACAUGGGAUGAAUAUUAUCAGAAAAUUAAACAAGAGAAAGAAAGAAGACUGCGAGAGAAGGAAGAACUCCAGUCAAAACAUGGAGAAGAGACAGAAAGAAUCAAGAAGAAGAUGAUGGAGGAAGAAAGACAGAGGUGUGACAAAGAGAAAAAGAGAAGAGAAGAGGAAAUUAGAGAGAGAGAAGAACAACAUAAAAUAAAGAUUAAAGACAUUGAGGAACAAGUGAGAAAGAUACGAGCGGAGCAGAAGAGAGAACGAGAGGAAUGGGAGAAACAGAAACAACAGGAAAGACGAAGAGAAGAAGAGGAGAAAGAAAGACAUAAUUCCAAUCAACUUUAUAACAGAACUACUGAAGUUCAGCACACAAACAAUGAUAAAGAUUCAUCAUCAGAUUCAGGAUGUUUGAGAAUCUUGCUGUUUGGGAGAACAGGAAGUGGAAAGUCUGCCACAGGAAACACUAUUCUCGGGAAAAAUGAGUUUCACAGUAAAAAGAGUUUACGCUUGGUGACCAGUACUUGUCAGAAGGAAGUUGGUGAAAUUGAUGGUCGAUCAGUAGCUGUUGUUGAUACUCCAGGACUCCUUGACCCAUCACUGACAAAAGAACAAGUGCAGAAAGAAAUAACGAAGUGUGUUUCACUGUCAGCUCCUGGACCUCAUGUGUUUAUUAUUGUGUUGCGUUUGGGAAAAAUCACUCCAGAGGAGAAAGAUACUUUAGACAUGAUCAAGAUGGCCUUUGGCCCAAAAGCAGCAGAUUUCUGCAUUGUUCUCUUCACUAGAGGAGAUGAUCUGAAAACAGAUUUCAACAUAUUUAACAUCAUAUUUAGAGUCCAACUGGAUGAUCAGUCAAUAGAACAAUAUGUAGAGAAAAGUAAAGAUGCUGAACUCAAGAAACUGAUCAAUGAUUGUGGAAACAGAUUCCUGGCUUUCAACAACACAGAAACACAAGAUCAGACACAAGUCACUCAUCUGUUCAAUAUGAUAGACAAGAUGAAGAAAUCUAAUCAGGGCCGAUAUUUCACUAAUGAGAUGUUUGAGGAGGCAGCGAUCUCCAUUGAACAGAGGAUGAAAAAGAUAGAAGAGAAAGAAAGGAAAAAUCAGGCUCAAGUUGAAGAAUUAAAAGCCAUAUAUGAUGUGCAAUUUAAAACCAUGAGAACAAGACUGGAGAAGAAGAAACAAAAGAUAGAUGAGGAAAGAGAGAGACUGAGGAAAAAGUUCACAGAACAAGAGGAAACACUCAGAAGAGAAUUUGAGGAGAAAGAAGAAUCAGAUCAGAAGAAACAAGAGACAGAAGAUCAGAGACGAUCGGAAGAAGAGAAACAGACAAGAGAUGAAUACAAACAAAGAAUAGAGGAGAUGAAGAGAGAGAAUGAAGAACAGAUAAUACAGUAUGAAGAACAACUAAAAGAAAAAGAAGAAGAAGAGAGAAAGAGAGAGGAAGAAUAUAAACGAGAUCAAGAUAAGAUGAAAACUGAUCAUGAACAAAUCAUGACAGAGUUAAGAAAAGAACAGGAAGAAGAAAUAAAAAAGAGAGAUUCAGAGGAACGAACGAUGAAGAAACAAGAAGAGAAAGAGAGAGAAGAAUGGAUGAGAAGAAUAAAAGAGGCUGAUAAUGACAAAGAGACUCAAGAGGCAAUUAAACGACAGAUGAGAAAAUGGGAGGAAGAGAAGAAACGACAGAAGAAAGAACGAGAGGAAGAGGAAAGAGAGAGAAAAGAGAGACACAAGGAACAGUUGAGAGAAAAACAAGAAGAACUGGAGAACAAGAGAGAGAAAUCUGAAAGAGAGAGAGAAGAAGAAAAACAGAACAGAGAUGAGGAGAAACAACAACAGAUAAAAGAGAGAGAACAGAAAGAGAAAGAAUAUAAAGAGAAGAUAAAUGAAAUGGAAAGACAUUAUGAGCAGCUGGAGCAAGAGAGAAAAGAAGAGUGGAAGAGAAGAAAACAAGAGGAUGAAGAAAGAAGAGUGGAGAAAAGAAAUAGAUGGGAGAAUAUGAUGGAAUAUCUGAAACAAGAGCAAGAAGAGGAGAUCAAGAGAAGAGAGAGAGAGGAGAGAGAAAGAACAGACAGAGAAGAAAAAGAGUGUGAUGAAAUGAAACAGAAACAUGAAGAAGAAAUAGAGAAGAUGAAGAAGAAACAUGAAGAUGAAUCCAGAAAACAGAGAGAAGAACUGAAUGAUUUCAGAAAGAGAAAAGAGCAGCAGGUUCAGGAGCUCAAGAAGAAGAUAACCGAAACCUAUGAUGAGGAAAAAUUAAAAAGGGAAAACAGUUGUCUUGUCAUGUGAAAUAUUUUUAAAUACUAUGCAUGAUGAGGCAAAUAACUAGUUCUGUAUCUCUGUUUCUCUCAAGCAUGAGUUACUGAAUCUGUAUUCACUCUGUUUUCAAACCUGCUCCUGAAGAACAAGAGUUUAGUCACGUUCCUGCAGUUACACAGUUGUCGCUCAUUCAGAGAUCCUGAAGUGUUUGAUUAGAGCUGGAGACAUGAACUAAAGCAGUUAUACAACAUUCACUUUCUCUUGAUAGAUAUGAACACAACAAGAAUUAUACCAGACCUUAAAAGUAAAUAUAAAUUAAUAAAUAAAUGACAGACAAAAACAAACCUAGAACGAAUUGAACUAAGAACUGAACUAAGAAACUGAGUAUGUCAUGGAUUCAGUUAUUGUUUAAUCUAUAAUCUGACAUUUCUUAAUCCAAUAUGAUGUUUUAACCUAUUAACUGUCACCCGUCCGCUCUGUGGGACGCAUACAUUUACUUCACUAUAUUACAAUCAAA